GACAAGUCUCUUCUUUCAAUCAAAAAUACGCAGAUUCUUUCAAGAAUGAAAAUAUAAAAUAUUCUUUGGUUUGUUCAGAAGAAAUAGCACUUUCAGAUUUAACCCUUCAUAAUAAAUCAGCCCCUGUAUCUCCAAAAAGUUCUCUUUCACGUUCUACAAUGACAAAUUCGACAGAUAAUGAUAUAGACAGAGUGACAAGCCCUAUUAAUUAUGCACAUUCAAUUGAUAGCGUAAACUCAACUUACAAUGUUAAAAAUAAUACAUUAUGUUAUCCUUCAAGUGAAAGUUCACCAGAAUUAGUGUCUCAUCAUUCGUUUUCCAUUCAUGACACUUUAAGCAGAGACUCUUUUGAAACAGAGACUUUAUGUCCACCUAGUGAUCGUUCAUCAUUGUAUAAUAUUUCAUCAUCUCUUCCAGAACAAGUAGUUAUUCCCUCAACAAUACAUAAUCAUACCAGAAGGAUGCAUUCAUAUAGUAGUUCGCCCUCAAUAUUAAGGGAGCAAAUAUCUAUAUCAAUUCCAACGAACGAGAAAAACAAUAUUCCAAAUAGACAAGAUACCAUUAAUAACCAAUGUCGAUUUAUAGCAUUGAAAGCAAGACCAUGGCUUAGUCCUUUCUAUUUAGCCAUUGUCUCAUGCGCAUUACUUUUAAUUUCUAUUUUGUAUAUGAUUAUUUAUAAUAUUUCUAUGCUUAUAAUAAAGAAGACAUAAGAUAGAUGAGUGGAGGGAAUUAAUAAUCCUUCCAUUUUGUAUAUAAACAAUAUAUUUGAUAUUCUUUUGCCUAAUAUACAAACAGCUCAAAAAAAAAAAUGAAUCCUCUGUUUACAAAUAGGCAAGAAUAGCUCCAUUUCGAAAG